AUGCGAGCAAUCGCAAUAUCGGGCGACGAAAAGGUUAUGCAAUUGCUGCUUGGUCGAGAUGAUUCUCGUGAGAUAACAAGUGACAUCUUUAACGCUGGUGUUUUGAACCAGAAUGAGAAGAUUUUGGGUUUGUUGCUUGAUCGGGGUGGUUCCGGUAGGAUAUUGACAGAAGCCAUCAACAGAGCGAUAGAGAACUGCAAUGAAAAGAUUUUGGGCUUGCUGCUGGAUAACGGGUACCAGAUGUCGCAGACUCUUGUGAAUAAAGCAACUGCCAACGGCACCGCGUCAACUUUGCGGCUGCUAUUCGAUCGAGGUGGUGUAAUUACCGGCCCAGUGGUGAGGUGCGCUGCAGGGAACAAUCUUGAAGGAGCAAAGAUGAUGAGCUUGCUCUUAGGCGAGGCCGAAAAUUGGAUGACCAUGGAAGAAAUGACUGAAAUGAUGAUAAUCGCUGCAAAGUCCGCAUUCGAGGGACCGGGUAUCUUGAAGCGGUUGCUAGAACAUGCAGAGGAUGUUCUGAUCACAGAAGACGUUCUCGUGACCGCAGCAAGAAUAGGCCCUAGAGACGAAUUGUUCGAAUUGUUCUCGGGAAGAGAUUGGGAAAUGACAGAGGAAGUGCUGGAGGCAAUGAUGAGCCACCUGGCAUCGGAGAAAACGUUGCAGCUCCUACUGGACCGACUCGAAGGCUUGGAGAUCACAGGGAAAGCUAAAGUUCUGCUGGCAGCGGCUAGCAACCGUUCAUUUGGCGACCAAUUAGUGGGACUGCUAUUGGACAGGGUGAACCUUCUUGACAUUGUGAACCCUCUGCUAGUAGAAGCUGCAGGAAAUGACACAUUCGGCCUAGGGGUGGUUCUGCUGUUACAGCGUCGAGUUGGCGAGAUCAACGUCACUCAGGAGGUUAUGGAGAGAGCUGCUCGGAAAGGACCGAUGCAGGCGGGUUUCAGCGCCCCCAGCUUUCACUUCUCCUUGGUUAGCAUCUCGGAAAUAUCUGUCGUUAAUGAUUGGGGUUCGCUCCAUUAA